AUGGAAAAUGACCAGACUCGCUCACAAGAGCCCGGCUGGGGAAAGCUUCGGCCAGGGCCAUUCACCGAACGCAUCAGGCAUUCCAGGCAGGACAAAGAUGUACAGCCUUUACGCAUACAGUUUUACACCGGGGCAGAAGAACCCUUAACACAUCUCCACUCCUUCCAGCCUCCCGUGGGAUGCAAAGGCCUCAGCGACGAACGGCAAUGCCUGUUAUUCCCAUCCUCCCUCAUGGAGGCAGCCUUAAAUUGGUUAUACCGUUUGGAGCCAGAGACGGUCGAUUCCUUCGACGAACUAAAACAGAUUUUUCUCAAUCACUUUAUGAUCCAGAAGGAUCGUCUGUAUUUUGCCAAUGCUCUGUACACCAUCCGGCAAAGAGAGAACGAGCCUUUAUGGGAAUACGAUGCACGUUUCAGUCAUGAAUACUCAAGGUGUCCGGAAACGGACUACAAGGUUGCCUACGGCGCCUUCAAGAGUGGCCUUCGGUCUUCACACUUUCGGUAUCUAACGCACAGUAGCAACUGGCGCACCUACGACCAACUGAUGAAACAGGCGGCAAUCCACGCCAAGGCUGAAUAUUUCAACUCAAAGUCCGGGCCUUCGGCUCGGCAGGAGGAACCAACAUUGAGGAGUUAUCCCGUGCAGGAAUCUUCGUAUGCCCCGACUAGAAGAAAUGAUGAAUCUUCUGCGAGGCACAAACGGAAGGACAAUCAUGAUGCUCAGCAAGGACACUCAAAGAAAGGAAAAGGCAAGUACGGUCACAAUGACCACCGAGCUCCCCUACCAAACCACGAUCGUGGUCAGGAAGUCUUCACUUUGCUAAAUACCACUUACGAGGUUGUCCUAAUGAACGAGCACGAAAUAAUACCGAAAUCGAAUCACCGAAAGCCCAAUCGGCAGGACGAUCAGGAUACCGGUAUAUUCUACCAGUACCAUCAGCACAAUAGCCAUAACAUAUGGGAAUGCAUAAGCACGAGGAAAAUCGUCGAACGAUUGAUUCAGGACGGAAAACUAGAUCAGUACAUUGCCAGACCAUUGCAAGCACCGGUCCUGAAUACGAACUGA